AUGGCCUUCGGUGGGUGGGCAUGGGCAAGGAAGAAGGUUAUUGGCAAGGAACGCCCGAUUGUCCGCAUCAGUCCCAAUAAGCUCCAUGUAAACGAUCUGUCUUUCUUUACCCAGGUAUUUCAAAACGGCACGCCUUUUUUCAAAGAUCCCAGAUACUACGCUAGCUUCAACCUUUACGAAGCUUUGCCUUUAAUUAGAGAUCCAAAUAAGCACAUGAUUCGCCAUUCCAUUGUGAGGCCUUUGUUUUCAAAGCGACGGGUCGACAAUUUCGCCCCUAAUGUUGAACAAAUCGUGGAGAGAGCUCUUCUUAAGAUUGCCACUUUCCAGGAAGCAGGGAAGCCUCUGAACAUCCAGCAGCUAUUCCGCUGUAUGACGGUAGAUGCUAUCAUGGCUCUAUUAUUUAACAAGACCCAGAACCUAACAAUAUCAAAUGAAGUUGAACCACCUUUUUUAAGGAGCAUGACAUUAUUCACGAAGAGUUUUUAUCUUACAAAGCACGUUCCCAUUCUCGCACGUGCUGCUCGCAGGCUUCCGCUGUGUAUAGCCAAACGGGUCUUCCCAGCAUAUGUCAGUUUUCGACAGACCAAGGCCAGAGGCUUAAGUCGUGAUGCCCCCGACAUGGAGGCUCUUAUAGAUGAGGCAUUUAUCUUUUGCUUUGCCGCAAAUGAUACAACAUCAUAUGCACUUACUUGGGCCAUAUACUAUCUUCUCACCCAUACUAAUGCAAGGUUAAAAUUAGCUGAAGAGCUGUGGCCGCUGCAGCAAACCGCCAACGGUCUCCUGACUUACGAAAAACUAGGAAAUCUUCCUUAUCUUACAGGAGUAAUCAAGGAAACUCUACGGCUCACAUCCCCAGUUCCUUGGGAACUGCCACGUAUCGUCCCUCAGGGCGGGAUUUGGCUUGGAGAUCAAUACAUCCCGCCAGGAACAUUAGUGUGCAUGGGCACUCGCAUGGUCCACUACAACCCGCAAAUCUUCCCCGACCCAGGGAAGUUAUCCCCGAGAGAUGAUUGGGUGACCACGGCAAAGAGUUCGAAAAGUGGAAUGUCGCAUUUUCAAGGGGAUCACGCUCGUGCAUAG